UGUAGUUGAGAUUAUUUAGUUGAGAAUAAAACCUUUUAUUUUAUUAGUCUUUAUUAUAUUAUUGAGUUGAGAAAAAUAUAUAAAGCUAACAAAUCAGAAGUGGGAUAUAUCGAAAAAUAUCUGCGUGAGAAAACCGAUUGUGAAACUGUGAAGAAGAUACAUUGAGAAAACUGAAGAACAUGGCAUAAGACACACCUUGAACUCCAGCAGGCACCCACAAGCGAACGGUAUGGUAGAACGAGUUAAUAAUUCUUUAAUUCCUAUGUUACAGAUGAAUGUUGAAGACAAUGAAGGUAGAGAUUGGGACCAAGUGGUUAAGAAAAUCGAGAAACAGAUGAAUACUUCAGUUAAUAAGACCACAAAUAAAACUCCCUUUGAAGCAUUAUAUGGAUACUUACCUAGAUUCAAUGAUGGACUUAUGAGAACAUUGACAGAAGAAAAUGAACAUUAUAGACCACCGCAAGAAAUCCAAGAAGAAAUUCAAGAGAAGAUUAGGAAUGAACAAAACAAGACCAAAGGCAGAUACGACAAACAUAGACAUGCAGGUAUAAAAUACCAAGUUGGAGAUAUUGUUUAUAUGAAAGCAAAUCGAGCCAGUACAGGAGAAUCUACGAAAUUACAAAGAAGAUUCAAAGGACCUCUAGUGAUUACCCAAGUAUUACCAUCAGAUACCUAUAGAGUGACAAACUUAGAAGACAAACAAGACCAGUCGAGAACUACAGCACAUGUGAGUCAGCUUAAAUUAUGGAAAAACUACGACUGCGAUGAAGAUGUAUGCUACGAUGAAGAAGACGUAGAGAGCGAACAAGAACCAAGGAAGAAGAAAGAAGACCCAGAAGAGAACAAGAAAGUAAACCAAGAUGAAGACCAAGAACCAAAUGAUGACGUACACAGAGGACGAGAAGUUAGAAGAAGAAGACCACCGAAAUAUUUGCAAGAUUAUUCUAUUCAAUAAAUUUUUUAUUAACGUCAGGAUAGGCCGAGUGUUAUAUAGAAAUUCUAAUAAGAAAGAAUAAUUUAUUUUUGUGUUAUGUAAUAUUAAUCGAUGGUCGAGAAGUGAGGUUAGGAUAUUCUAAU